CGCAUUCCAGAUGAGCGAGCAUGUUCACUUGCGCACUCCUCCCGGAAGAGAAAACUGUCACAAGUCUCGCAUAAAGUUUGGUAAGUGUAUAUGCAAUCCAGCACUUUUAUAUCGAUUCCCUUGCCACAAGCUCUCUGUUGAAGCCCCCUAUUGCAAAGAGAAGCCAUUUAGGCUCCAAAUUAACAGCACAAAAUGCAAGCAUCGCGCCCUAAUGGAAAUGGAUCGAGUGCUUUUACCUUGAACGAAGUUGACAACCUAAUCUGGAGUGAAGAAGAAUACAAGAUCAGCGACUUCGUGGAUAAGUUUUAUCUUCCCCAAAUUGUCAAGGUCCAAGAAGGAUAUUAUGGCCCAGACGAAGAUUCCUGUCUUGGAGCAGAGCAAAUAUUACUUAUCCAUUCACUUAAACACACCGAGAAAAUUAUGGCAAGAGAUCGAAGAAGACGAGAAUUACACAUUCCAUUGAACUGUUCAAUAAAGGUCGAACAGCGCCCGUCUAAUAUGCAAGACGUUAUCGAUAAUGUAUACGAUCUAGCGCGUCAUUUUCCUGGAUAUGUGCGUGUAACACAAGGGUAUUACAGUCUGGAUAACGAUGACUUGAGCAUUAACCCUGGCGAUAAACUAGAGCUACAAAAAGUCAUCCAUACUGAGAAGGGAAGUUGCUUGGUUUGCAUAAACCAAGAUCGAUUUCCCGUCACGCUACCGUUCUCUGUGGUAGCGGGAUUUCAACCCUUGGUUAAUGGUCUCGAGUAUUAUCUAAAAGAGCUGGUCGAGACACUGCCUCGGCCGUUUUACUUCCAGUUUGUCGAUCCCGCUAAUGUAGGUGCAAGAGGAGAAGUGUCAGUGUUUAAUUCGGGCCUUGGAGUGUUGAGAUGUGAGAGAGUCUACACUGAUUCCUGUAUUAUUUGCUCAACCAAAGAAGGCAAAGAUCGAACAAUAGUGACAUUUCCUAAGAAUCUCCAAGUCACAGUUGUUGCUGCACAGGGAGCUUUGAUUGGUGAUAAAGAUUACAUGCGUGUAUGCCGUUUUUUCCAUGAUGGUGUAAACUUGUCACGCAUUGAACACAUGGAUACUCACAAUGUGUAUGCAUCCCGCGCGACAAUAAGAGAGUACCUUUAUGACCACACCCUUACCACAGAACCCAGUUCUCCUGAAUCUCCAAGCUUUCUUUCAAGUGAUGCUAAAUUCGAGGAGAGCCUGAGGCAAAGUGGUGGGAAAGUGUUGUCUGGUAGUCAUGACGAUGAAGAAGAUGAUGAUGAUGACAAGCAUGACUAUACGUAUAUAUCUGAUCGAGAGCUCACAUCACUUGCAAGCUCUAGAUUGGACAAAAAUGAAAAUAACCUUCCCUCAGACAACAUAGAGACACAGGGUUUUUCUGAUGAUACCCACAUGAAAAAUUCUGAAGAAUCAAUGCAAGGUUCUUCUGAAAAUAUGAGAAACACAGGUGACUCAUCUAUUAAAGAAACUGAAGAACAAAAGAAAGUAGGAGCUGAUGUCCAACCAAUACCUGAUGACCUCUCAGAGCUGACAGUGGAAGAAGUUGCUGAAGUCCUGGUAAAAGUCCAUCUCGGCCAGUUUGCUGACAAAUUUGAGUACAAUCAGAUUGAUGGGGAGAUGUUUGUAUGUUUGGAUGAAGUAGUGUUAGAGUCACUGGGAAUGAAUGCUUUUCAGCGCAAGAAGGUGCUUAAGUUGAUAGAUGGUUGGAGACCAAAGACAGGUUUUAUUACCAAGAUGUAAUUAAUCAUGGUUACACAGUGAACAGAGAAUGCUUUUAAAGUUUAA